AAAAAAGUUGAGCACGAAGAAAGAAGGAGAAUCAGGAACCACUUGGAAAAGUUGGCCUGUCCUUUUCUUCAUCAACUGUGAUCUCUCUUUUCCCAAACUUUCCCAACACUAUUGGAUUGGAUAUUCAAAGGAAGCAGAGAGCUAAAGUUUGGAGCUUCAAAAAAAAAAACCCUUUUCUUUCUUUGUCUUCUUUGUAUAUUACAGAGAGCUACAGUGGUCCAAUCUUCAAUCUUCAAUGGAUAUUUCUAUGAAAAGAAGAACUCUGCUUAAGGUCAUUGUCCUUGGAGAUAGUGGGGUGGGAAAGACGUCUUUGAUGAAUCAAUAUGUGUACAAGAAGUUCCAUCGACAGUAUAAAGCUACGAUCGGUGCUGAUUUCGUCACGAAGGAACUUCAGAUUGAUGACAAGUUGGUGACUUUGCAAGUUUGGGACACAGCGGGGCAAGAAAGAUUUCAUUGUCUUGGAGCUGCGUUUUAUAGGGGAGCUGAUUGCUGUGUUCUUGUGUAUGAUGUAAAUGUGAGCAAAUCAUUUGAAACACUUCAGAACUGGCAUGAAGAGUUUCUCAAACAGGCUGAUCCAACUGACCCCGAGGCAUUUCCCUUCGUAUUACUUGGAAACAAAAUCGAUGUAGAUGGUGGAAACAGCCGAGCGGUUUCUGAGAAGAAGGCUAGAGAGUGGUGUGCUUCAAAGGGAAACAUACCCUACUUUGAGACCUCUGCGAAAGAGGAUUAUAAUGUCGACGAAGCGUUUCUAUGCAUUGCGAAAACAGGAAUGAUCAAUGAACAUGAACAAGAGAUUUACUUCCAAGGUAUUUCAGAAACUGUUUCAGAAGCAGAGCAAAGAGGAAGAUGUGCAUGCUAAGGAUGGGAUAUGUACAUCCCUACUAAUUUCAAUCUGAAUAUGUAAAUUCUUUCAUAAUAUAUAUAUUUUUUUAAUUCUUUUGAGGGUGGAAGAAAGUGUGUUAUAUAUUUACCAUUUUCAUGUGUUGUACCCU